GGUAGGCCAUCCCACUGGCCGAUAGCACCGGUGGGUGUGUCUGGAGGUACCUCAGUGUUUGGAGAUGCUUCUCUAUCAUCAUCAUCAUCAUCAUCAUUAUCAUCAUGCUCAGCAGCAUCUGACCAUAGCAUCAUUCUGAACCUCACCACGUGUGACCCUCUUGAAGAAGCAGUCGCUGCUGAAGGAAGUCAACCUAAAAGGCCAUGCCACAUAAACUAUGAGGCACAAGCGUUGAUUGAAAAUAUCCUAACACCAAAGCCUGGUGGUGAACACAUCAUGCAAGAGUAUGCAAAAACCAAAUCUCUGAAAGAUGCGACCAGAAGACAGAUGAUAAACAUACUUGCUGCUGAGAUGACACAAACACAUGGGAAAUCCCCCCCUAAAAGUGUCAGAGUAAAGUAUGCACAGGGGAUAGUUGCUCUGUUUCCAUAUCUGGAAGACCCAUAUUCACAACAUGGAUAUGAACAUUUCUACAAUCCAGAGAGCGGUUCAGGAUACCUUGCAUGGCGGCUGAAGACCAUUCAAAGAAAAACUGCAGAAGACAGAGGUGCCUCAGUCAGCAAAUCUCCCAAAAUUGGUGGGCCAGGCCAUGGUCAACCCAGACCCUUCACCGCUGACAAAGUGUUAUCUAAUGAGGAAGUGGAAGCAGCUAUUGCUGUUUUGAAACACUCUGCUGAUGAAGACACUGUCCGUGAGAAGAAGAAAACUACCUUCAGUUAUCGUCAUUCACUGGUCAACGAUGAAAAGAAAGCAGCAGAUGUCUUCUCAGUCUCUCCACGGUUUCUGGACACACCAAGACUGAUAGAACAAGAUUUCAGGCUCCUAUUUGGUGAGGUCACUGCCAACAAAUUCUUGGAAAGGUGGCCCAUCAAUUUCAAAGCAAAAGUUAAAGGAAAGCCAUGGACUGGUGCCAGCCACAGAGCUCUUGGAAUUAAUGUGCAAUGCUGAGUCAGCUGCUGAAGUUGAGAAUGGCUGGGACAGUGACAUGUGUGCUAUCUUGCUGCUGCUACAUCUGCUACCACCAUCUGCACAAGGAUGAAAGAGGCCAGGAAAAGAAACUCCCAGAUUUGCAGAGUUGCGAGCAAGAAUGGUGCGUGAGAUCACACAAUUAAGUGUUUUCUUUGCAAAAGUGACCAUGGUAGACAAAACAGCCUUAUAAAGCACCUUAAAGUAAUUCAUCGUCUCUGUACUGGCAAGACUCUUCAUCUUAAAUGUGGGCAAGUGGGAUGCUCAUGUUCUUUUGGCAGCUUUUCUGGUUUUAGGAAGCAUCUAAACAAGUGUCAUGUAAGUGGUUCAUUUGAGUCUGUAGAAGAAGGUGAUUUUUCACCUCAUCAAAGUGUUGACACAAGUAGUGUCACUGAUGUUGACGGGUCGUCUGAAUAUUUAGAGGCUGAGCCAGAAUUAUCUUCAGCAAACCUUGUAAAUAGUUGUGCAGUGUAAUUUCUGACUUAAAGGCAGCAGGUGUAGGCCAAAGUGUAGUGAAUUCUGUAGUGAUUUCCAUGGAUUCCAAGAGAUUGUUCAAGAUAUCCAGCAGCAUGCUAAAGAAACUGUCAUUAAGCAUGUGUUUAGUGAUGAAAGAGAAACUGAAAUGUGCAAGAAAGUUGAAGCAUGUUUUGAGGAAUUAGAGAAUCCUUUCACAAUUCUUAAUUCAGAAUACAAGUGAUCAAAAUUUUUCUCAGGCAAGUGUGGAAUUGUAGAACCAGUUGAAUGUGUAAUUGGCUCAAGAUUUGACACAAGGCAAAAUAAAGAGACUGGAACAUAUGAUCAGACAGUUGUUCAAGAUAAAUUCAUGUACCAAUUUUAUCUACACUGGAGUCAAUAUUUAAAAGUCAGUAUAUUGCAAAAAUGUUGAAAAGCUCAGCCACUGACGACUCAAGACUCAGAGAUAUUUGUGAUGGUUCUUUAUUUAAGACUCAUCCUCUGUUUUCAACUGAAAAGCACACACAGUGCAGAUCCAAAUGUUGUAUGAUGACUUCGAGGUUGCAAAUCCUCUUGGUUCCAAGCGAGGUAUUCAUAAACUAGGUGCAAUAUAUUUUACCUUAAGAAACUUCUCUCCGAAAUGGAAUUCUUUUUUGGCCAACAUACACCUGUGUGCCUUAUUUCAUGCACAAGAUCUUAAACGGUAUGGUUUUAAUGAAAUACUUGCUCCUAUUGUUCGAGAUAUUAAAGUGUUAGAGACUGAUAGUAUUGAGAUUCCAAUAUAUGGUGGCCGUGUUCGUGGUAGUGUGGUACAGGUUACGGGGGAUAAUUUAAGCUUACAUAGCUUGUUUGGUCUGGUGGAGUCUGUCAGUGCCAGGUACUGUUGCAGGUUUUGUUUAGCUGAAAAAGAUGACUUUCAAACAGAAUUCUCUGAAGAUUCUUCCAAAAUAGUGUUAGGCACCAAAGACGCCCACGCUGCUCACUGUCAAGAAAUGGCUCGUAAUCCAUCUCUUCCUUACGUAUUUGGUGUGAAGAGUUCGUGCUUAUUGAAUUCACUGACAUAUUUUCACACAGCUGAGAACUUCUCAGUUGAUGUGAUGCAUGACAUUUUGGAAGGGGUGGCCCAGUAUGAACUGAAGCUGUUGUUUUUGUAUUUUAAAGAACAACACGUUACACUGGGGGAGCUGAAUUCGAGAAUACAAAAUUUUGAUUAUGGAUUCAUGGAAAGAAACAAUAGGCCAGUGGCUGUGAAUUUAGGUGGAGAGUCUAAUGAUCUGGGACUGAAUGCGGUUCAGUCAUGGUGCUUAUUGAGUAAUGUUCCCCUCAUUUUUGGAGAUUUGGUAACCUCUACUGACCAACGUUGGGGCCUACUUCUUUUAUUACUACAAAUAAUAAACAUUGUAUUUUCUCCCAUGUUAUCUCAAGGUCUGUGUAUAUAUUUAAAACACUUGAUUGUUGAACACCACAAACUGUUCAAGACAUUGUAUCCCCAGAAAAAAACAUUUACCAAAGCACCAUUUUCUUAUCCACUAUCCCUGCUGUAUUCAGAAAAUAGGACCUGUACUUCAUAGCUGGUGCAUGCGCUAUGAAGGUAAGCACAAUUUUUUUUGAAGAAACAGCUCAAAUCAUAUUGAAAUAUCACCAAAACGCUGGCUAAAAAACACCAGAAUCAUAUGGCAUACAUGUGGCAAUCUCCAACAACUUUUAGUCGGUUAGACAUUGGUCCAGGAAAAAUGGUGUCUUUAGAAAUGGUAAAAGGAGGUUCUGGAAUUGCCAUGUCAAUGCAACUGCCCAAUAAUGUUCAAGUUAUGAAAGUGAAUUGGGCUAAACACAAUGGUUUUGUUUACUGUCCACAUCUGGUUAUUUGUGGCAAAGUUGAAUCUGAAAUGCCUCUUUUUUACCAGAUUGUGUCAGUUGUGAUAAUGCAUGAGAAAUAGUUGCUCACUUCACCUCUAUUUACAGUAACAUUUCAAGAACAUUUCCAUGCAUUUGAGGUGACCAGGACAAAGCAAGAUUUUGUUGUCUUUCAUGUUGACAACCUGCAUUAUCCCAGGCCUUUUGGCAUACAAAUGUCAUAUGGAGGGAAUGACACAGCUCUCUUUGUUGUACCAUAUUGUUUUCUCUGGUGAGCACUGUGUUUUAAAAAUAACGUUUAUAGUCAAGGCAAGUAUGGGUAACUGUUGUG